UGCCAAACCUUGUUCCUACCUGGUCCCCCUAAUCUACUUUCUAAGUUUCGCAGCUAUUUGCAUUUGCAUACACCCACAUACCUCAUACUUUAUAUGUGUGUGUGUGUGUGUCUCUCUUUGUACUAAAGAUGUCUCGCUUUCAGCAGCCUUGUGUACUCCGUCGGCCUUUUCCUUUUCUUUUUCCUAUUUCAAACUUACUUAUUAUCUGGGCUUCAACCACUGCUGUUCUUCCUGAUUAUCAUGCCCAAGUAUACCAAAGAGACACAAAGGAAGUCAUCCGCGGUUCCCUACAAGAAGGAAAAAUACGAUUGCCGUAUCUGUCACCGGUCUCAUGCCCUACGAUCUUGCCAAAGGUUUUUGGAAAUGAAAAUGGCAGAUCGUUUGGAAGCAGUUCGAAGGCAUAGUUACUGCUUCAACUGUCUGGCUCAUGACCACUUGGUGGUAUCCUGCUCUAGCAGUCACCGGUGUCACCACUGCAAAAAGAGCCAUCAUACCCUCCUCCACGUCGAUCCGAAACUACGGGAUGCCCUUCUUAAGAGCGAUCGGAAGCAAUCGCGUCCCAACACUCCUGAGCGGAAGUCAAAGGAUUCGUGCCCACCGAGGGAUUUUUCGCCAUCACCGUCUUCUAAGCAGAGGACAUCUCUUUCGGCUAUUCUUCGACAGAACAGCAUUGUGUUGCUUCCUACGGUGCUCGUUAAGGUAAAAGGCAAGUCUGAACGAUCCACAGCCCGGUGCCUUCUCGACUCGGGGUCUCCGGUGAGCAGGAUCUCCAAGAGAUUGGUAGAUUCGUUGGCGCUCACGACAUUGAGCCUGAAAGAGGAGACCAUAUGCCCACUUCGCCUGACCUCCAGAUUCGACGAAACGGUAACCAUUGAAGGCACAUUUCGUGUGAGUACCCGCAUUUCAACGGUGACGCCAGCUGAAUCGCUUCCGGAAUCAUUUAAAAGACAUUUCCCCCACUUAUUCUUUGCGGAUUCGAAAUUUUUCAAAUCGGCCCCGGUGGAUAUUGUAAUUGGUGUCGAUCUUUAUCCCAGGGUCAUCGCAGAGGGUGUAUACGCCCAGAAUGGUUUGCCUACGGCACAAAGUACUAUUUUUGGUUGGGUGAUCUAUGGUGUCUGUUCGCACUGAGCGCACUACAGCGUUCUCAUUAUUCUUCGGUAUCAAUGAAUUUAAUCCAAACUGAAUAAAAGAGUUAUGAAAUGCACUGUUGAUUUUUACUUUACUAGCGAAGCACAAGCUCUAUCUUUUAAACAGGUCCAUUGAGCGGUUUGAUUCAUAGAAGGAUGUCCACUACUGACAAGCUUGCCUUUUCCAUGUACCAGCUGGAUCCUGAUGAGGGAGUGAUCCUUUGGCUAUUCUACGGAGCUAUACAACUAUUAUGUCAACAUUUCCUUUCCUUACUAGAGUAAUUAAAUUCAUAACUAGAGUAAUUAGAUUCAUAACGUCCGUUUUCAUAGAGUUUUCAAUUAUAUUCCGUGCGAGUAAUUGUAAGCUGGUGCGAGUACACACAGUUGCAUUUUUCCUUUUUUUUUAUUGCAGGUGUACUGCAAGGGGGCCGGUAAUGUUAAUGCCAAACCUUGUUCCUACCUGGUCCCCCUAAUCUACUUUCUAAGUUUCGCAGCUAUUUGCAUUUGCAUACACCCACAUACCUCAUACUUUAUAUGUGUGUGUGUGUGUGUCUCUCUUUGUACUAAAGAUGUCUCGCUUUCAGCAGCCUUGUGUACUCCGUCGGCCUUUUCCUUUUCUUUUUCCUAUUUCAAACUUACUUAUUAUCUGGGCUUCAACCACUGCUGUUCUUCCUGGUAAGAGUUUCGUUCAAUCUCCAAUUCAGAGCUUUCUUUUCCAUCCAAUAAAGAGAUAAUUGUAAAUUCCCAAUUUCUAA